UUUGCAGAACUCAGUCGGUGGACAGAACUGGCGGAACAAGAAGCAAGAUCACUUUUUCCCAGCCCCAGAACCUCCUUUUUGAYAGAGACAGCUAUAAAUCUGCUGAUAAAUCAGCUCAGAAAUGCUGAGCAUAACACAAGUUUUUGUAGUCCUGAUUAUUUUUUUGCUAAUUGUUGAGUUUUUCAGACUGAAGAAAGUUUGCAAGCAAUUCCCUCCCGGACCUACUCCUCUCCCAUUGCUUGGAAACUUGGUGCACUUGAACUUUCAGUUUCAUCGGGAUCUUCUGAUGGAGCUGGCAAAAACUCAUGGYAACAUCUUCACUCUGUGGUUCGGGUGGAUCCCAGUGAUUGUACUGAAUGGAUUUCAAGCAGUGAAGGAUGGCAUGACCACACACCCUGAAGAUGUUUCUGGGAGGUUGCUGUCACCUUUCUUCAGAGCACUGGCCAAAGGAAAGGGUAUUAUAUUGGCAAGUGGUCGCUCCUGGAAGCAACAGAGACGCUUUGGAAUAAUGACCCUGCGCAAUCUGGGAAUGGGGAAAAAAGGCCUGGAGCAUCGAGUGCAAGARGAAGCCUCUCACCUGGUGGAGUUUUUUAUGAACCUAAAAGGAAGACCUGUGGAUCCUUCUUUCCCCCUUUUCCAUUCUAUUUCAAAUGUAAUUUGUGCUGUGGUUUUUGGAUAUCACUUCUCUGAUGAGGACAAAACCUUCCAUGAACUGAUCCAUGCUACAGAGAAUUUAUUCAGGUUUGCAGGCAGCUUUGUYCACCAGAUGUAUGAAAUCCUGCCCUGGCUCGUGAGUCGUCUCCCUGGGCCUCAUAAGAAGGCAUUGGCUUGCUAUGAUGUCCUGAGUUCUUUUGCAAGGAAAGAGAUCAGAAGACACGUAGAGAGGGGGAUGCCUGCUGAACCACAGGAUUUCAUUGACUUYUACCUGGCUGAGAUUGAGAAAUCUAAAGAGGGGGUCAAACCCAAGUAUGAUGAAGACAAUUUGGUAUAUGUCAUAAAUGAUCUUUUCCUCGGUGGAUCAGAGACCUCAAGCACGACAUUGUACUGGGGACUGCUGUACAUGGUAGUGAAUCCACACAUCCAAGAGAAAGUGCAGAAGGAGUUGGAUGCAGUUCUGGGUCCUUCCCAGUURAUUUGCUAUGAGGAUCGGAGAAAGCUGCCCUACACAAAUGCUGUGGUUCAYGAAAUUCAGCGCUUCAGCAACAUUGUUUUUGUUGGCAUCCCCAGAUUGUGUGUGAGGAACACAACACUGCUGGGAUUCCCUGUCAAAAAGGGCACCAUUGUUAUACCAAAUAUAGCAUCUGUUCUGUAUGACCCUGAGCAGUGGGAGACACCUCGACAGUUCAACCCUGACCAUUUUCUGGAUAAAGAAGGAAACUUUGUACCUCGAGAAGCUUUCUUACCAUUCUCAGCAGGCCACCGGGUGUGUUUGGGGGAGCACUUAGCGAGGACCGAGCUCUUUAUUUUCUUUGCCAAUCUGCUGCGGGCGUUCACCUUCCGGCUCCCCGAGGGRGUGACAGAGAUCAACACUGAGCCCAUUUUUGGGGGMACACUGCARCCCCACCCCUACAGGGUUUGUGCCAUUCCACGCUAGGCUGCAGCAGYCACAGGCCAGCAGGAGAGAGCCACCUUUACCUCCGUGAAUUUCCUCUCAAGUGCAUAAACAUCCUCCUGGUUAUUGAUACUAGUCUAUCCCAGAGCUAUUCAGAAAGUGGAUGCAAACCAUGAUCCAGACUAACUGUAUUUUUUUUUUAUCUGGUCUUUGUGAAACUCAUGGGUAUUCUCACAGGGAUCUUGACCAUAUUGUCCUCUUGGAGAGCACUUGAAGCCGGAUGCUGUGGUUCCCAGCUGAAGCCAUGCUGUGUCCCCUUGUCCUAGAUAAGCAAAAUCAUCCUCAUGCUCUGUCCUGAGCAAACCGCAGGAAAAUUCAACAGAGUAUCUCAGCAAGAGCUGAGCAGGUGCCAUUGCUGUGAGUGGCCUGAUGACCUCCAGUAAUCUGACUGUGGAAAGGACACUUUUACAGCUCUGUUUUGGUUUUAUUGUCCUGAACGUAGCCGCUUUAAUUUGUCAACUGGUUGCAAAACAUCCCAACCAAACCAACACCCAAAUCCCAGGAAACACGUUAGAAAGUGGGUGCCUUCACAUCUGAAUUUGAUGUUAAGUAUCUCCCAUAUACUAGGCAAAAAGUAAUUCUGAAGUUGAAGAAAGAAACUGAAACUUGGUGUUUACUAUCAAUGUAGUUGUAUUAUAUUGCCAAAUUGUUAGUUGUUUAUUGUUUGUUUUAAUUUUAAUGAUGUAGAAUCACACCCAUUAUCAAUCCUGCUUGGAUGAGGCAUYGAAUGUGAGAUGAGAGAGUCACUUUGCCUGUGAGUUUCACUGCAAACUCCACGAGAGAGAAAUGUAGAGGCUUUGGAAGGCAGCCUGUAGGGGCUACCUGAACACUCAGRUAUUCCCCAUUUAUUCUUUGCCCUUUACUUUUUUCAUUACAACCCAAACCACACUUCCUGGUAUCCAUUCAAUUUCUUCCAGAUCACCCUUCCCCUCCUUCAGUUCCUGCUCCCACCUCUCCUUUAUCCACAUAAACUCUAUUUAAAGAUUCACCUUGAUGUGAUGACAUCAAGCUUCUCUGUCCUUUUUUUUCUGCACAAGUAUCAGUAGAGGAAUCCAUGCUGAGCUGAAAACAAUCAUGAGUAUGUUUUUGGGAGGAAGCUUGGAAAGUCUCAUUUAUUUGUUCUUUAAGGCUCCAGAUUAUGGAAAGAAUUGCACAGUAACUAUGCAGGGCACACUAGAGGUGACCUAGUGCAAGAAAAGACAUAAAUGGCAAUGUGAUGCAGGAAUYCUAAAAUAUCUGUUACUUAAAGUAGCUGCUCAUUGGCACUGMUUCAACUCAAGAGGAGACAGUUUGAGCACACAGCUGGAGGUGACAGCCGAGUUCAGCUGUWACUUUGUUAAAGUGAAGUGCUGCAGAAUUCUUGUAUGCAAAUCUCUUUUGGAACGGAUUCAGAUGCUGGAGUUGAGUAGAGCUGCCUGUAAAUACUACUGUAAACAGCAUCAAAGCUGUAUUGAGGACCAAAAUUGCUUUUAUGUUGGAAUAUAACAUAUUUAUAAUUAAAUCAGUGUGGUACAUCUGAACUUCCUGAAUUUAAAAUGGAGGAGAAUGUUCCUACAAAGAAGUGAGAACUGACCAGGUCCUGGCAUGUCCUGUAGCCCUGGCAGUGGUCUGUGCCAGCACAACCCAGCACCAACAGGCUUGCAGGGCUGGAAUGGAAAUUAGGGCAACUAGGGCUUUCACAAAGCAAUAGCUGUAAUAAAUAAUCCAGCCUGUUACUCCACACAGCAUAUCAAASAAUGUUCCAGGGCUAUUCACUCCUGCACAGCCUCCUUUCCAGCUUUAUCURCGCUUCUCCUCCACCCUAUCCUCCCACACCUGCUCCUCUCCAGUAACCCGUGUGUUGGUUUAAAGGACAGGUGCCUUCCCAGGAAAGCAGGAACCUUCCUAGAAUGGAGAAYGAACCCCCUUCUGUCCAAAUCAUUAUAACUUUGAAAUUAUGGGGUUUUCAGGCAGAAAACAGCAGGGGCUGGGUGGCCCUGAGAGGAGAGAGAAGGUGGAGGCAGGGGAUUGUUUCAGGUUUUCCCCUGGCUCUCAGGUGUCCAUUGUGGUGUCCUGGGGAUGGACACRGCAGCUGGGAGGGGCUCCCUCUGGAGCAGGUCGGGGUCCUGKUUUCCCCUGAGAUGAUGAGGGUCCCUCCCAGUGAGGGUGGGUGUUGAAAAGGUCCCARUUCAAUGACUGYUCUUGCCAGAAGAGGCCCACCCACAGUAAGGAGAAGUAGUGAAGGACAAAACUGCAGUGGCAGCAAAUCCUCUGGGCAGCAGUCCGGCACCAAAGCCACAACCAUGACCCCUCCAAUCCCCACAGCAUGUGGAGAGAGAGCAGGAGAGGGCUGAGCCCAGCCCCUGACUCCCAGCCAAGACUCGCAGUGUCUCUGCACUUCCCAAGAGAAAACCCCCAGCCACAAACUCACUGCCCUGCUAAGAGACUGCAGCCAACUGCACCCCUUCUCUCCUCCUCCUCAUCCUGGCCACAUCUUUUGUCUUUGUGCAGUAUUGUCAUUCCCACCUCUUGGGCAACAAAUGGGAGAAAAAUUCCCUGGGAGAAAGGUAAAAAAAAAAAAAAAAAAAGGAAAAAUCUGUCUUCCAAGAUCCUGCUAUAGGUGGUGCCUCUCAUUGCCUUUGCCCAAUCGACUUGUCAUCUUGCCACUUGCUGAAGAGGCUUAAUGGUAAGAUCUGUGUGAAGCUGGUGGUUCUCAAGGUCUGGAACAGUGAAUCCAUUGGAACUGUGCUCAUCCCGUUGAUAGACAGGUUCCCUGUAAUCAGGCAGGUCUCAGGAGUGGCAUGAGGUGGUAAGAACUGGCAAUGUGCUGCCCAUUCUGACCACUCCUGGCCACCAGCCUCUACCAGGCAGUACAAAGUAAUUGUUCAGUUGUGUAUCUCCAGCUCCUGGACAGACUGACCUCUGGCAGUGGACAAAUUUGCAGGUUAUGGGGAAAGAGUUGAAGUGAUCCCAGGGUACUGGUGAAGAGUGACAGCAGACUUAUCUCUGGCUCAACUGACUUCCCUAGUCCACUCUUUCCAUUGCUUUCUGGCCUCUCCAAGUGCUGUUUUCCCUGCUGAUCAUCAUCAUGUCCACAGGUUCCAGCCCCAUGGCACGUGUCUGCCCUAUGCCAUUGAAGAGCUACCAGGCUCAAAGGUGCACGCCCUGCUGCUGAUGGCUGCAGUGGUGUAACUUCUUUUAAUUGCUGUGAUUAACCCUCACCCCAUCUUUGUUUUUAUUUUAAAACUAGUGUCACCCACAGCCUCAGGCCUCUGAGUUAAGAUAGAAGUCUCAUCCUUAAUAAUAYGGUUUAGAAGGUUUUGAAACCAGAUUGCAGGUGUCCGUUCCAGGGAAAGAUGUGCAACUGGGUGUAUUACUUCUUAAACCACUGUGAUUCCUUCGGGGAAAAGUGAGUUCCUGUUACAGAACUGCAGAAGUGCUGCUUUGUUUCAUAUUUACAGGAUAGCAGGAGCGUGCAAAUCCAGAGAGCCUAAAAUAUUUAAUGUUGAUGGAUAUGAGAGAGCUACCUAACAUKAUAUGGUGCUUAGCUCUGCUAAGUUACAGUUCAGGAAAGCACUGGCAAGUUGUCUGCCACCCUAAUCCUUUGCUAUUUUWUUUUCUUGUGUUUCUCUUUCUCUUUCAUGGUGGGCUCUCCUGGGUAGCAAUAUUAGUGCCACAGCCAUAAGCAGGCUAUGUGCCAAACUCCAGGGAAGCYAUUUACCCUGGCAAAAGGAAAAAGCAGACACUGGAGACAAAGACAGCCUUGUGUAAAAGUUUGUMGAUUCUGCAUCCAUCCAGUGAUUAAAAGCAAGAGUUGAUUUUUUCACUUCUGUUUGAACAAGUUKUUUGGGAAACUGUUUUGUUUCAAAAACCCAGGCUAAACUGUCCCUGUGGAUGCUUCAUGGUAUGACCCAGUGAAUCAACGGCGUGUAGUGGGGGAACCUGACAUCUACAGGAAAAGAAGAAAUCAUCUGUUGCACCAGCACAUGCAUUUGGGGAAACUAUUUCUGUACUUCUGAGGAAGUCUGGAAACUCUUGGACAAACAGGAAGUGAAAGAACAGGAAAUUUUUGCUCUUUCCAGUGGAAGAUCUGGCAGGUGUCAAAUGUAACCAAAAGGGAGAUGGUUCAAAAGAGCCAGAAGGGGCUGCACUGCACACACUGUGUUGGUAAUCUGAGCCUCAUCACAGGAUUUGUACUAAACAUCUCUUUCUGUUCAAAAAGCAAUUGGAUAUGGCUUCAGCAGGAGAAUUACUUCAGAGUUGUUUAAUAACAGUACAGUAUUAGGUGUUUUUACUGUUUUACAAACUUUUCUAAGGUGUCUCCCAUCAUGUGCUGUCAGAACUGAACAUGAAAUUGGCUGAACUUUCAGCUGACACACCAGAACUGUGUUUGAGUUCUGCAACACUCAGAAUUAAAACAGUUUCAAAUUAAUCUUAAUCUUGAACAUUUAUUGUCAUUAUUAUACCACAAUCUUUUAUUUUCCAUUUGAAUAACUUCAUSUUACUUUCAGACAGUGCCAUGACCAAUUGCCUGCUGAGACAUAACUUGGGAAACUUGAAAAAGAUGCUCAUCCAAGCAAUCAUAAUCCUGGAGUAUGAGCCAAA